AACAGUUGAGAUCUCUUCACUGUUGUGAAGGUACUUCAUGUCUAUAGGAUGCUUGUUACAAAUAAGGUUGACUACAUACUAUAAAAGAAAUUAAAAAUAAAAUUAAAAUUCGAAUAUUUGGAAAAACUUGGGAUUCUUUUUUAGGCGAUGGGCUAGCAACCUGUCACUAUUUGAAUCUGAAUUCUAUCAUUAAGCCAAAUAGCUGAACGUGGCCAUUCAGUCUUUUCAAGACUGUUGGCUCUGUCUACCCCGCAAGGGAUAUAGACGUGACCAUAUGUAUGUAUGUAUUUGGAAAAAAGAGGUCGUUCUACCGCGUGAGAACCCUUGCGGGGUAGACAGUCAUUCUUGAAGAGACUGAUAGGCCACGUUCAGCUGUUUGGCAUUAUGAUAGAACUGAGAUUCAAAUAGUGACAUGUUGCUAGCCCAUCGCCCAAAAGAAGAAUCCCAAGUUUAUAAUCCCAUCCCUUAGUCGCCUUUUAUGACAUCCUUGAGAAGCAGAUGGAGUGGUCUUAUUCUUAUUUUCUUUUGGUGCCUGGAACCACACGGCACGAUCUGGUAUUAUUUGUAUAUCAAUAUUGAUUAGAACUGACGAAAUCGUUUUUAACGACAUGAUAAGUGUCAAAUGAAAUCUGAAUAGGCGCUUAAUUGAGUGUCGAUUGUGCUAACUCAAUUCACAAGUAUUAAAACGUAUUUUGAAAAAUAACUUUGAGCCAAUUUUUUUUUAAUAAAAGUCAUCAUAUUUGUAUGAGGAGAAUAUAACAGGAAAAAUAUUUUUCCUGUUACCUACGUUUAAAUGCAGCGUAAGUUUUAAAGGAGGAACAUACAUACAUAUGGUCACGUCUAUAUCCCUUGCGGGAUAGACAGAGCCAACAGUCUGAAAAAGACUGAAUGGCCACGUUCAGCUAUUUGGCUUAAUGAUAGAAUUGAGAUUCGAAUAGUGACAGGUUGCUAGCCUAUCGCCUAAAAAAGAAUCCCAAGUUUGUGAGCCUAUCCCUUAGUCGCCUUUUACGACAUCCAUGGGAAAGAAAUGGAGUGGUUCUAUUAUUUUUUGUAUUGGUGCCGGGAACCACACGACAAUAAGGAGGAAAUUGGUAAUUAAACUGUUAGGCCUUUAACAAGACUCCAUUAGUAAAUUUUAGGCGAUGCAUAAAUGCGUUGGUCCCAACACUAAUGUAUGGGAGUGAAAGUUGGGUGAGCCAGAAGCGGCAUGAAAGCUUAAUGUCCUAACGAAUGGAGUAUGCAGGGAUCGUGGCAAAUGGAAAGAUAUGGUCUCUGUCUACCUCCCAGGAGAGAAGCGUGAUCCUACUUAUAUUAUAAAUGCGAAAGUUUGUGACUAUGUCAGUAUGGAUGUUUGUUACUCAUUCACGCAAAAUCUGAACCGAUUACGAUGCAAUUUGGUAUGUAGUUAGCUGAAGACCCAGAAUAACAUAUAGGCCACUUUUUUUCUCAAAGUCCCCGCGGGAAUGAUUCCACGCGGACUAAGUCGCGGGCGGCUUCUAGUUUUAUAUAAUGCUAAAGGAAUUUUGAGCAAUAAUUUCCUUAUAUUUUAUUUACGGUAAAAACAGCGUGAUAUCAGUUGACAAAAGAAUAACAAUGGGUGUUAUAUGCAGAAUUACCUUGAAAUUAUGCACCUAUCCAUUAUGCAUUUAUUAUGCUAUUUCAUAUCCUGUAACACAAUUUUACACCGAUCAUUGUUCUAAGGCGACUAAGGGAUAGGUCUAAAAACUUGGGAUUCCUCUGGGAACUGUAGGCUAUAAAUUUUUCACUAUUUGAAUCUCAAUUCCAUCACAGAAUGUGGUCUUUCAGUUUUUUUCAAGUCUGUCGGUUAUGUCUUCCCCGCAAGGGAUAUAGAUGUGUAUGUAUAGAUAGAUAGAUAAUCACGUCUAUAUCCCUUGCGGGGUAGACAGAGCCAACAGUCUUGUAAAGACUGAUAGGCCACGUUCAGGUUUUUGGCUUUAAGUUAGAAUUGAGAUUCAAAUAGUGACAGGUUGCUAGCCCAUCGCCUAAAAGAAGAAUCCCAAGUUUAUAUGCCUACCCAUUAGUCGCCUUUUACGACAUCCAUGGAAGAGAGAUGGAGUGGUCCUAUUCUUUUUCUAUUGGUGCCGGGAACCACACGGCAGAGACGUGUAUGUAUGUAUCAAAAUAUGAUGCUUCCAUCAAUGCGGGAUUAUUAUAAUAUCAAUCGAUGAUUCAUAUUAGUUAUUCCCCUUAAAUUUCUCAAUUAUGUAUGUACACUGGAUUAUCGUCAUUUUUAUCGAAGAACGGAAAGCGAUAAGGGACAAAUAAUAAGAUUGUUAACAUUAUAUACAUAAUAUGCCGUGUGGUUCCCGGCACCAAUACAAAAAAGAAUAGGAUCACUCCAUCUCCUUAGCCUUACAAACUUGGGAUUCUUUUUUAGGCGAUGGGCUAGCAACCUGUCACUUUUUGAAUCUCAAUUCUAUCAUUAAGCUAAAUAGCUGAACCUGGCCACCCCGCAAGGGAUAUAAGCGUAUAUAUACAUAUGUAUAUACAUAUAAUAUAGUAUAUAUGUAUAAUACAUAUAAAUUGUAACUGAUCGAUAUAAGGGGAUCUGUAUAAUAUGAUCAAUAGAAUAUGAAAAAAUAUACAUUAUACAUAUAUACAUUUAUGUAUGUAUCACGAUUGCUUGGUAGAUAGAGUCAACAGUUUUGAAGAGACUUUGAAAAGGCCACAUUCAUCUUGUCCGCUUGAGAUGGAAUUGAGAAUCAAAUAGUCACAACCCUGUCCUACAAAAGGAAUGUCAAGUUUAUUAGCCUUUCCUUUAGUCGACUUUUACGGCACACAUAGACUUCUAGAAUAUUGUCGUUAAAUGUGUUCGGCUUGGUCCAACAAAAGUUUCCUUCCCAUAUUUUUAAGAAGAUCAGCGUUUUACCGAUUUAUGACGUACUAUAGCGACCCGCCCCGGCUUUGCCCGGCUUUGCACGGGUAACAUUUAUAGAUCCUCAGAAAACCCUCUUCUAAGAUUUCAAACAAAUUGAGAUUAGCGAAUACACACUGACAGACAUAUUAUUAAUACGAGUAUGUUAUGAUAAAGUAGCGGACGACAGAUAAUUAUAAAUAAGUAAGUCUACAUUUGGUAAUAAAAUAACUGAUAACUCGCUAAUUACACAAAUUGUUUCGGAGAAAUAAAGCGAGGCAAACAGUGUAAUGGAGAUAAUAUUAUUACCUACUUGUCUCAUUAAAUAUUUCCGUAUUUUAUUUAUAACUAGCUGUACCCGCGACUUCGUCCGCGUGGAAUAGUUAUUUUGGGCAUCAUUGAAGCCCUCAAGGAUGAAUAAUUUUCCCCGUUUUUUUUUCACAUUUUCUAUUAUUUCUUUGUUCCUUAUAGUUGCAGCUUGAUGUUAUAUAGCCUUAAGCCUUCCUCGAUAAAUGGUCUAUUCAACGUAAAAAUAAUUUUUCAAUUCGAACCAGUGGUUCCUGAGAGCGCAUUCAAACAAACAAACAAUCUCUUCAGCUUUAAAAUAUUAGUAUAGAUACUACAAUGGCGUUUUAAAGGCGGUAAAUAAUACUGGCCGUAUUGUUAAUCGCCUUUAAAAUGUUUAUCCGCGAUUAUCUCGCGUUCCGCUGAACCGAUUUUGAUGUGGUUUUCAGGAAAGUGUUCGUCACACUUAUGGAAGGUUUUACCGACUUCAAGAAAAGAGGAUAUCGAUUGGAGGCGGUAUUUUUUUUACAAUAGUUAUUGCAAUAGCGCAUAAACUGUAAGUCUAUGUGUUAUCAGACUUUAAUCACGUCUUGAUCUUCAACGGCGUAGACAGUGUAGUUUACGAGUUUAUUCGUUACAAACAUAAAAAAAGACUCAUUCUGUUUAUAUUUUAAGAAUUACAGUAUACAUAGCUCUAUGGAUGCUUAAUUUAUAAUUGUAUACAAUCUUACGAAUGACUUUUUCACAGAAUAGUGCAAAACACGGGGGCGAAAACUAGUCAUUAAUAAUUCAAAGCUCCCAUACAGGUGUCCCCACUGACCUACUCCCUUACUCGCCUCGCUUUGACCUAAUAACGUGAUAUAACCUAAAACAAAAACAUCAUCAAAAAUACUCCAUUGACAAUCUAACAAAAUCAUCUUAACCUAAAUUUGUUUGCAUUGAAAUACAAGUUGUUUAAUAUAAAGAAAACAAUGUUAAAUUUAAUUUUAGAGUUCAAGGCGUUACACCACGCAUGCGCGUAUUAAAGCUCCACGCAUGCGCAGUGCUAACGUCAAAUCUAUUUCAGUACUGCAAAUAACACUGCAGAGCUUACACACCCGGACUUCAGUGCGAUAACAAACUAUAAAAACAAAAAAGAAACGUGUUCAAAAUAAAACAAAUAAUGCCACUGUUAAAUUCAAUGAUGUGCGACAAAGUAAUGAUAUAGUCAAAGUCUUUCAAUUACGGCAAUGCGACAGAACGGAAUCGAUGUGAAUUCGUGAUGCCAAAAACCAGUAACGAAAUAAAAUCAUGGAGCCUCUGAUAGAUAGAAACAAUUUUGCAAUUAGCGCAAUGGUGACUGUAGCCAUGCAAAUACUGUACUUCACCAUAGCAUCUCUAUUCCAGACUGACAAAGUCACAGAUUUUACUGGUGGUGCCAAUUUCAUUAUCAUAGCGUUACUCACUUUCUUCUUAGGCCAGGGGGGGAGUACUUUGAAAAGUUAUGACAGCAGACAGCUCAUGGUGACAGCUUUUGUUUGCGUCUGGGGUUUAAGGCUCUCAGGGUACCUGAUUUACAGAAUCUACCACAUCGGCAGAGACAAACAAUUCGAAGACAGAAAGAGUAAUACCCUCAGAUACGCUGUGUUCUAUACUUUCCAAGCGAUUUGGGUGUACAUUGUCAGUUUACCUGUUAUUAUCAUAAAUUCGCCGCAUCAUUCGUUCCCCAAGUCGCCGAAAACGAUGACUACAUUGGACUCUGCUGGGGCAGGGAUAUUCGUCAUAGGAUUACUCAUUGAGACUUAUGCAGAUUUGCAGAAAUUCGCGUUCAGACAAGAGCCCGCGAAUCAAGGAAAAUGGUGCAACGAUGGCCUCUGGGGGCUAUCAAGACAUCCCAAUUAUUUCGGAGAAGUUGUUCUGUGGUGGGGUAUAUUUGUUAUAUCCCUGAAUGUGAUAGAAGGAGUAGAAUGGGUGGCGAUACUCUCGCCACUGUUUACGACGGCUAUCAUACUGUUCUUAUCUGGCAUUCCGUUGCUGGAACGAUCAGCGGACGAAAAGUACAGAGAUAACCCUGAUUAUCUAUAUUAUAAGGCGUCAACGUCACCUUUGAUUCCGAUACCGCCGGCUAUUUACGUCGAAGUGCCCAAGUUCCUGAAGUGUAUACUUUGUUGUGAGUUUUCCUUUUACGAUUCGACCGGAGAUGAGUUCCCGGCUCCCACCAUCGUCACGGAGACGACCAGCAUCUCAAUGGUGCAGUCCCAGACAUAGCUAACAAAAGCCGCGCGCGACACCGGCGCGGCCAAGUCCGAAUCGGCGUGCUUCAAAGGCCAAAACUCUGCGAAACAAUUGUGAUACACAGCCGAGGAGCCACCUCAAAAGAAAUUGCCAAAUUCAUUGCCACUUAAGAAAAGUAAUA